AUGUUUGAUGAAACUAAAGUGUCUUGUACUAAAAUUGAUGUAUCCUUACCUGAAGUAAAAAGGCGUAAAGUAUCAACUAAAGUAGAUUAUGAGCAUCAUCCGCAAAUUUUUUUUGAAAAUACAAAAGAAGAAAUGAAGGUAGCUGUGUAUAACAGUGUUAUUGAUAAAAUGUUAAAUGGCAUCAAAGUUCGUUUCAGUCAAGAUACAUUAAAUUUAAUUGAUAGUGUUGGUAACUUACUAAAACUAGAAAUAGAAAAAAACAUCUACAAACUAUUUCUGAUACAUUUGGUUUAUCUUUUGAUCAACUCGACACUGAAGUCAGACUGUUUACACAAAUAG